AUGCGCUUACGAGAAAUGGAUAGGACCUUCCCUCUGAUCCUAUAUUGGUUUAUUUUUGGGUUCUUUAAUCCGUUAAGGGUUUACGGGAAUGCUGAAGUUGAUGCAUUGAAUGCCCUAAAGACACAAUUACAGGAUCCUAAUAAUGUUUUGCAAAGUUGGAAUAUAACCCAAGUCAAUCCAUGCCGGUGGUCUCAUAUUACUUGUAACACUGAGACACGUGUUACUCGAAUUGAUCUUGGAAACGCAUAUUUGUCUGGUCAACUUGUUCCACAGCUUGGUCAACUUAGCAACUUACAGUACUUGCAUCUUUACAGUAAUAACUUCAGUGGAAGAAUUCCUGAUGAGAUUGGGAACUUAACGAACUUGUUGGGCUUGGAACUUUACCGGAAUCGUUUAGAAGGUGCCAUUCCAGAUACAUUGGGCAACCUUCAGAAACUUUGUUUCCUUCGUCUCGGUAACAACAGUUUGACAGGAACUAUUCCAUAUUCAUUAACUACUAUUGAUUCGUUACAACUAAUUGAUCUGUCAAACAACUUCUUGAUAGGAACUGUCCCUUCCAAUGGCUCCUUUUCACAGUUCACAGAUAUCAGCUGUAAUUUCAUUUUACUAUAUCAGGCAAUUGCACUUGUUUGGCAGGGGUGCAGAUACCAACAAGAUCAUUUCACUGAUGUGCCUGCUGAAGAGGACCCGGGAGUUCAUCUGAAACAACUGAUCAAGAGGUUUUCUUUGCAUGAACUACAAGUUGCAACAAAUAACUUUAAUGAAAAAAACAUUCUUGGCCGAGGUGCAUUUGGAAAAGUUUACAAAGGACGGUUAGCUGAUGGUGCUCUGGUGGCUGUAAAAAGACUGAUAGAUGGUGUUAAAGCUGGCGAAUUGCAGUUUCAAAUGGAGGUUGAAAUGAUAAGCAUCGCGGUGCACCGGAAUCUGCUUCGGCUGCAAGGGUUUUGUAUGACUCCUACUGAACGAUUGCUUGUUUAUCCCUUCAUGGUCAAUGGCAGUGUUGCAUCGUGUCUACGAGAUCGACCUCUUGAUUGGCCAACAAGGAAACGAAUUGCACUAGGAUCCGCAAGGGGGCUGGCUUAUUUGCAUGAGCAUUGUGACCCUAAGAUCAUUCACCAUGAUGUAAAAGCUGCAAAUAUACUGUUGGAUGAGGAGUUUGAAGCUGUGGUAGGAGACUUUGGGUUGGCCAAACUUAUGGACUACAAUGAUACUCAUGUUACAACAGGUGUUCGUGGUACAAUUGGACACAUUGCCCCUGAGUAUAUAUCCACCCGGCGAUCUUCAGAAAAAUCGGAUGUAUUUGGGUAUGGUGUGAUGCUUCUAGAACUCGUCAUAGGGCAACGUGCCUAUGAUCUUGGGCGCCACGCCAAUGAUGACGAGGUCAUGUUGCUUGAUUGGGUGAAAGGACUUUUGGGGGAAAAUAAGAUGGAGAUAUUGGUGGAUGCAGAAGGUAAUUAUCUGCAAGAUGUUGUGGAAGAGUUGAUACAGAUAGCUUUAUUGUGCACACAAGUGAUACCACUCGAGAGACCAAAAAUGUCGGAAGUUGUAAAAAUGCUUGAAGGUGAUGGUUUAGAAGAGAGGUGGGAGGAGUGGCAGAAAGAGGAGAUUUAUCGGCAAGAGUUUAGGCACAUGCAUGUACGGAAUAAGCAAGAUUCAUCUUACAACCCUAGCAACGAUCAUUUGUCGGGUCCACGAUGAUCUAAGGGCCUUUUGUUUUUCAUUAUGCAUUUUUUAUAACUCUUAUGAGUCGUGUUACGAGACUAUGCAUAGGUUGGUAGAUCAUUGUGUUGCGAAUUUUCAAAAAUAUAUAAAAACCAUAUGGUCAUGUUGUGUAAAAAUUUUGGGCAGGAUUCUUUUUAAACUAAUGAGAGAUGACACGCCCGGAGGGAAGGCUAUCACAUACUUCUUCAUCAAGUUUUCUUGAUAGUCGAGAUGAAUCGAAACAAUGGAAGACCUUUCAUCAUUUUGGUUCGAUUGUGGAU